UAAUUGUAAGUUCCAGCUUGCUAUAUUAUACGUUCCAAUUUUGUUCGAACUAUACGUUUGACUAUCUUACUUUUCCUCGUAAUAUAUAAUACUUCAUUAUAUUCGUGUUAUCUACUGUGAUAGAGAUUUGGCCAAAGUUCACGAUAUAUUUAUACAGGAAAGCAUGAAAGAAGGCUAUUGGUGUAAAGUUGAUAAAAUUCUCAUUCGAUUAAGUUCAUCGUAAGUGACGCAGUGUCCCUGUAUAAAUAGAGGAAGAGAGCUCAGAAGAUUCAGUCUAGGUUAUGCCUUCAAAUGAGUAUGUUAAAUUUCAUAGCAAAAGUGAGGAAUUGUUGUCACGUUGCCAUCGAAUUUUGCCUUACAAUAGUUCUAUCGAUACCUUUUCUACAAAUAAAAAGCGCAUAUGUGUGCUAAUAUCUCAAAGGACUUAAAGCAAAGAGAGAUUACUUUAAAAAGUGUUACAUAGCUGAUGUUCUAGCUUCAUGAAGAACUGAAACAUAAAUCACCAGUUCAAUAGAUUCUUAAUAUCAAAAUUAUUGACAAUUUACAAAAAGAAAAAAGAAUGAUUUUACAAUUUUAUGCGCGCAAUAAAAUGCAAUAAAAGACAUAUCAGUGUGAAUCUGAUAAAUUUACAAGUGAAACGAAGAACUAAAGGGAGAUUAUUGUUUGCAGAAAGAAAAGAUCCUGAUUUAAUUUGACCCUGUCAUGAACGAAAUAAUAUCUCGCUACAACUACAUACAUGUCGGUUGUGCAAUACCACCGACGAGUGCAACAUCUCCAUUCAUAACACCGUUAUUAUAAUUUCGUUAGUGUAUCCUUUAUUAGGAUCAAUGGAAAAUAUGCAAAAAUAUUGUGGCAUCAGUACUACGCAAAAUGUCCCCUCCGUUGAGAGACAAAACACUACUACGAUGCGAGAUAGAGCGAAAUUGUGAAGUGAGAUCGUCAGUGGAAUUGUAGUGUUACGAAGCGAGACAUCUCGCUGAUGGCAUUGCAGUAUAUAAAUCAUUGCAUGAUGUCCUAAUGAAAAGGUCACGUCUCUGACUCAAAUCAUUUACCUCCUAAUGACAUCGUUUAUCAAAUUAUGUGAUGUCUUCACGAUCAGAUAUGUGCUUCGAAGUUCAAGAAUACAUGUGUUUAAAAAGAUGCGUUUUUCAUUCUUACAGAACAUUCGAAUGUAAACUGUGAUUUACAUUUCGAUUAUACAGUUGCCGAUCAAAAUUUCAUUUAGAUAAAAUCAAUUGCCGUCGUUUAUCGAAUGUUACAUGUAGUCUUUCCACGACUACAUGUUCCAAACAAAACAAAACAAAAGAAAAAUUGCUAUACCACGUAAAAUCAAAUAUGGUGUCCACAAAAUCAGUUCGAUAUUUCUUUUAAAUUAACUUUCCAUUGACUUUUCGUCCGAAACAAUGUAAACACAUUCUAUUUCAUCUGUUGUCGUUUCUAUCCUGCUAGAAACAUUUAAUAUACAAGGAAGCAACAGAGAACGUGUAUCGCUGCGACGAUGUUGGAAAGUACGCAAACGGGAUCCGUUGAGGCGGUGAACUUCGACAACCUCGUGUUGAAACAGUGGCUUCGCUACAUCGGACCAAUUCACCGUUGCGAAGUGCUGAAAAAGCUGAAAGCGGACUUGCAAAAUCUGGGAUUAUCGCAAAGACAAGUUCAUCGAGGUUUGAUACAAUUAGCGACAAAACCGUGUGUGGUCCUCAUGCGGCAGAUAUCUUACAGAAAACAUAGACUAAAGGGUCUGUUAGAAGAUGAAGAGGAAAGGAAGAUCCUUCAUAAUUCCAGAACAAACGCCUCAAAUUUGCGAUUGGGAAGUGAAAAUGUACAUAAAAUAAACACGACAGAAAGAUACGGCAAAAGAGGGAACGAAUAUAUUAGAGAAACUGAUGGAAUUGUAGCAUAUAAAGAAGAUGCAUCGAUAAGCAACAAUCGAAACAAACGUUGUAAAUUAGACGAUCGAGUAGCAACAAUGCAUUCCUUUGACGAAGCUUUGGAACAGUUAGAUAAAAUUGUUCCUUCAAAAAUGAACAUACAUGAAAAAUUAUCCAAUAGAUCUUCCAGUGUCCCGAUGAAUGGCAUUGUUAAAUCACAAUAUAACAACAUAGUUUUAAAUAAAACAUAUGACAAAGAUGAAAAUCAUAUUGAAAAUAAAGAUAAACACAGAAGAACACAGAAAACUUCUAAUACUCAAAAAAUUUCUGAUUUAAUAUUUGACAAGGUACGUCCAAACAAAGUACAAAUAAAUGAAAAUAAAAGAAAUCACACAAAAUUAAAUCAAUAUUCUUGUUCUAACAAAAUAAAUGAUUAUAUAACAUCAAAUGUUUAUAAAAAGAUAGAUACUAAGUACAGAAAAUUGGAUGUUGAUAAAAAAUUGCAUAACACGAAAAGUGUAGAUAUCAACGUGAAUUCUAUACCAAAUAAAAAUAAAUACUUUAAAUAUGAAAACAGUAUAUCGAAUUGUACCCUCAGUACUGGGAAAGUAGUAAAAAUCAAAGAAAAGAUGCAGGAAAAAAAAUUGUACAAAUCAAUAACUUCAGAUUUUAUUAGAAAGAAAAAUACUUAUGCACACACUAACGAGAAUAAAGAAAUAAUUAGGAAAAAGAUAAUAAAAAAGUUUCGAACAUAUUUCGGUGAUUGUUUAAGUGUCAGCGAAGAUGAAGAAGAACAAAAUAUUUUACGGAAAAGAUUUAAAAUAAGAAAAAAAAAGGAUUCUGUUAAUUCUUGCGAUUCUGGAGUAUAUGUUACUGAAAAAAGUACAACUAUGACUGAUACAAAAGUUCUAGACGAUAUUCAGGAAACUAUAACACCUGACUCAAUAACGCAAAAAUUUAAUGAAAAUACAUCUCAGGAAACUAUUCAUAUAAUUCAUGAAUUAAAUGAAGUUAUCACUAAUACAAACAUUGAAACUAACCAAGUUAAAAAUGCAAUAAAUUCUAAAGAAAUUGAAAAUAAUAAAUUACAAAAUAGCACAGAUGAAAAUAAAAUAUACAGUAUUGAAACAAGGAAAGACGAAUUAUCUCAAGAUAUGUUGAUUAAUAUUUCUGAGAAGGACAAUCUUCAACCAGGUAAAGAUAUAGUAAAUGUUAAAGAUAUACUUCAAGUAACAGAACAAUCAGAAGAUAAAAUCUCAGAAAAUAAAUUAUCUCAAGAUAUGUUGAGUAAUAUUUCUGAGAAGGACAAUCUUGAACAAGGUAAAGGUAUAGUAAAUGUUAAAGAUAUACUUCAAGUAACAGAACAAUCAGAAGAUAAAGUCUCAGAAAAUGAAUUAUCUCAAGAUAUGUUGAUUAAUAUUUCUGAGGACAAUCUUGAACAAGAUAAAGAUAUAGUAAAUGUUACAGACACAUUUCAAAUAACAGAAAAAUCAAAAGAUAAAGUCUCAAAAAAUGAAUUAUCUCAAGAUAUGUUCAUUAAUAUCUCUGAAAAGGACAAUCUUGAACAAAGUAAAAAUGUAAUAAAUGUCGCAGAUAUAUCUCAGGUAACAGAGCAAUCAGAAGAUAGAGUCUCUAUAGCAGAAAUGAAAACAAAAAUAAAGAUAAAUAAUGUAUCUUCUGAUAUUUCAGAAAUUUGUAUCUUAAACCAUAAUGCUAUAAGUGAAAAUUUUUCAGAAUUUGAAACAUGUGAUUUAAAUAUAAAAGAUUUUAAUGAACUUCUUCAUAUGAAUUUUGAAGAAAAUUGUCAGAUCACAUCAAAUGGAAAUGUCCUUAGUAUUCAAGAAACUGUUGAAAAAAUUAUAGACAAAAAUGUUUCUACAAAUAACACAUAUAAUGUGCUAAAUAAUGAAAGUAAAUUAGCAAUGGAAAAACCUAAAUUGAAUAUUUCAGAUAGGAAAGAUACUCAAUUUAAUGAAGUAUUUAGAGGUAAAUUAAGAGUCUUAUCUAGUGCAGAACUAGGAUCCAGAUGGUGUCCUACACCCGUAAAUAGUGUUCCAUCUACUGUUCCUCAAUCUUUAGUAUCUCAAACAGUAUCUAAUACGACAUCUCUAAUUACUGCAUCUGCAUUUACAACAGUUUCUGAGAAUAUGAAAAAAAGUAAUACAGAUUUAAAAUUUUUAGAAUCUGUGUAUGUUAGUUGUGUGAAGAUAAGUAAUUUGAUUAAAAAUAUACGGCUAUCUUCAGUUACUAAUUUAAAUUAUAAUACAUUAUUAUUUAUAGAAUUCGAAAAUUUAAGAAAAAUAUUGAAUACUGAAAAUUAUGUUGAUCUAAUAGAAGGAGUUGUAGCUGUACUUAACAAGGAAAUGUCAAUAACUCCAUUAUUAUCUGUAGAAGAAUUAUUUCGUUACACAUCAUUAGUCGAGUCUUAUUAUGCUUUUUCUUUAAAUAAACAUAAAAUUAAUGUAAAUGAAUAUCAAACCAUAACACCGACCAGCACUGUAGUUGUUUCAACUGAAAUAGUACCAAAUCAAGACAAGCAUUGUAAUGCACAGAAUAUAUGGGCUUCUUCUGUGCAAUCUAGGUUACAAUAUUUACUUUCUACUCAAAAAAAUCAAUUAUGUACAAACAUUACUACAAAACCAACUCAUCAAAAUAUUAAUGAGAAAAUAGUUUCAUCUUCACAAAAUAAUGUUUCUCAAAGCAAUGUAGCAGUGAAUCCUAUUAUUUUUACUAAUAAUAACAAUAACAACAAUAAUGACAAGAUGGAGCAAUAUAACUACAAGAUGCAAACAUAUAGAAAUUAUUGUCAACAAAAAAUUUCAAAUGUUCAUAUUGAUAAGCAGAAACCAAUAACAAACAUGCAUGUUAGACAAAACUUUCCUGUGCAAUAUUCAUUUAAUGAAAUUAAUCAACUAGAAAGUGGACAGAUUUCUGCACGAGUCAGAAAUACACCAUCUGUGAACCAACAAUAUAUUCAACCAACUUGUUUUGUACCAACAAAUACAUUUCACAAUGUAAAUGUACAAAAUUAUUCCAUACAAAAUAGGGAUGUAACAUGUGUAACUAUGCAAAAUCUAACUAUACCUACCAUGACUCAGCCUAUAAUUCAAAAUACAGUAUAUCAACAACCAGUUUUACAACCUGUACCAAACUGUAAUAUAUCACAACCUGUACCAUCAAGCUGUCAUAUACCACAACCUGUACUAUCAAACUGUCACAUACCACAACCUGUACUAUCAAACUGUCACAUACCACAAUCUAUACAACAAACUAUAGUGACAAUGAAUGUACCACAUUCUGUAUUAAAAAAUACACAACCCCAACAACAAAGGGCAAAAGAAAGAUUAUCACAAAAUUAUAUGCCUGAACAAUCACAGAACAUUUACCUACAUAAAUUCAAACAAUUAAAGAAGAAAGAAAAUUUGCAAGUUUCAUUAAACUCAACAAUGAGAUUCAAUGCAUUGAAAUAUAUUUCUGAUAUCCAAAAACAUACACUACUUAAACAACUAAACUUCUAUUUUAGUUGCACCACACAUUUAAAACAAGUGUAUACAUCAAAACAAUGGCAACAAAUUCAUUCAGAAAAAUUUCUAUUAUUUCAUUUGCAGACUGCUUUAAAACGUGCGAUACAAAAGAAUGUUCUUUUGUCAGAUAAUCUGAAACAAUAUUCAGAUAAAUCUGAAACAAAUAUACUGGCAAACAUUAACACUAAUGUUCCAAAAAUGAUACAAAUUAUAGCAAAGGAAAAUCAAAAAACUUGGUAUCAAGUUGAAGCAUCUAAAACUAAUCAAGAACAGAAUAAAACAGUAAAUAUUAAACAAAAUUGCCCAAAUGAUCAAGAAAAUUUAAAUGUUAAAACGCAAAACCAAUAUGAAAAAGAACAUAAGACAAAUAAUAAUUCACAAAAGCUUUCAUAUUUGGAACAAAAGUUAAAUAUGUUAGAUAAGAAAAAGAUACAAAACAAUACAUUACUUAAGGAUAUUUUGUUACAGACAGAUAAUUCCCUGAUUAAAUUAAAUGCACAGAAUUAUCAAACGUCAGAUAGCAUUGAUGUAUGUCGCAAGAUAGAAACAGAAAAGGAACAAAAUAUUUCUAAAGAUAUAUACAAUUCAAACAUCAAAGAACAGAAUUUGUUGCACAAAAAUGAAUUGAAAAAAAUAAUUGAAAAUAUUCCACAAACAGUUAAUGAAAAGUUAUUGCUAGUAUCAGAUAUGAAACUAUCUAAUAAAGACACUCUACAGCAGUUAAAUCCACAUUUAAUUACUGUAGAAAUUUCUUCUGCAAAUGAUCAAGUAACUGUUAUUGAUACUGUUGGUGGAGAAACUAAAUCAAAGAAUGAGGAACCUAAAGAAUGUCAAGAACAUCAACAAGAGAAACUUCAUAUUAACAGUACAUUAUCAUCCUUAGAAAAUACUAGUUGUGAUAUAUCAAGACCAUCUUCAUCUAAAUCUCCAAAGAAUGACAUUAAAUACCUUAAUAAUGAUGAACAGUUACAGAAUACUUUAGUAGAGAAACCUAUUAUAUCUCAUAUUGAAGAUGUUAGAAGCAUAUCAAUGGAAGCAUUUUUAAAAAUGGAUGGAUCUAAUAAUGGUCUUUCAAAUACUACAGAAGGAAAUAUUGAAGAGGAAGAAAUGAAAGUAUGCUUAUUUUGUGGUAAACCAAGUACUGUAGCAUGUUCAAUUUGUUUAGAAGCUAAAUAUUGUUCUAAACUAUGUUUUGAACUACAUUGGAAAGAUCAUUAUAAAGAUUGUUUACUUGCAAAAAGAAAUGUAUGUUCAUAACUAAAGUUUACUAUUAUUUGCUUUAUUAUUUUAUUCAUUUUCGCCAAUUAAAAGUACUUCAAUUAUGACUCUGUUAUGUUAAACAGUAUUUAUCAUUGAUUAUUAAUAUAUUUUUAUAUUAUA